GCACAACCCGCGCGCGAGGCGCGGCUGUCUGAUAGCAGUCACUGAAGUUUGGCUGUGAGUGAACUAAUGUAAAUGAUAACAAAGAGGAGACCUCUUUUUAAACAGACGCGCGAUGGUGAGAGAGCGCAGGAAUCGUCUGUCGUUGAAAUGAGACCACAAGAGCAGUCACAUGAUAUAGAAUUUAGUUCUUCAAUACCACUUGAUCAAGUUGAAAAAAGAAAAUGUACUAAACGGCAUACCAUUGUUUCACCUUUAAAAGAGCCUUAUCCCAAAAAACAUUCAUCGCUCAGCAUUGUACCUUCGUCUCCUAUUGUUAGAACCCCACCAUCUCAUUCAUCAUCAACAGUUGAUACUCUUCCAAUAGUUUCUACUUCUCACAAUCAACCCACUCAGCCUCAUUUUCAUUAUACGUUGAAUAGUUCGUCGCCAAACAAAUCUGUGAUGUCAGACACGUCAUUUGAUUUACUGUGCGGUCCAAUGAUGACAGCCAUUGAGGGAAGAAUGUGCACAUCUGGUGUCAAGUCAGAGGAUGCAUUCAUAUGCCAAAAUGAUGAACACCACAAGGAGACAAACCAGGGAUAUGGUGGACAGCAAUCAUUGCUAGUCAAUGUGUCACCUAAGAAAGCAUUCAAAGAGUCACAAAACAGUAUACUUCAGAGUACACCUAGGAAAGGAUCCAAUCAGUCAGAUACAUUUAUUGAAUUCAACAUGUCAUUGGAUAUGUUUGCUAUGUCUCAAGUAAUAAGUUAUGAUCAUAUUGAAUCAGAUAGUCAUAGAAAUGUUAAAGAAGACAGUCUGCAUGAUUUGGAAGGUACUUGGGAGAAAGAGAUUGAAAAUGAGUUACAAAUUGCUGGAGAUGAUGUAGAGGGAGUUAUAUGUGGUGAUGGUGGUGGUGAAGAAGAGACGUUUUUUGGAUUGCCGGUGAAAGUGAAGGAGCUGCUGGUGGAAAAUAGACGAAUAAAGAAUCUUUAUGAGUGGCAGGAGACGUGUCUGAAGUUGGACGCUGUCAGUCGCAGACGUAACCUCAUUUAUUCACUCCCGACUAGUGGAGGAAAGACUCUCGUUGCAGAGAUUUUGAUUCUUAGAGAAUUGCUUUGUCGUAAUCGUGAUGCCCUGUAUGUCCUCCCCUUUGUGUCCAUAGUUCAAGAAAAGGUUCGUGCUCUGUGUCCCUUUGCAACAGAAUUGGGCUUCAGCAUUGAAGAGUAUGCAGCACACAGAGGGCGAAUGCCUCCAUUGAAACGUCCAAACAAAUGCUCAUUGUAUAUUGCUACAAUUGAAAAAGCUAAUAGUUUGGUCAACAGUUUGAUUGAAGAGAAUCGCAUCGAGGACAUUGGAAUUGCCGUGUUUGAUGAACUCCACAUGCUUGGUGAAGGAGGUGGACGUGGUGCAACUCUUGAAAUCUGUAUUUGCAAGCUGAAGUUUGGAAGCCCUUCAACACAGAUCAUUGGUAUGAGUGCCACCCUGAGCAACCUUUCCGAUCUCCAGCAAUUCCUAGAUGCUGAACUCUACUGCAAUGACUUCAGGCCAGUCCAACUCAAAGAAUACGUUCAAUUUAAAGAUGGGACAUAUCUAGUGGAUGAUGUGAUUAAUGAAGAAGAAAUACUUUCAGAAGACACACCUUGUAGGUUGGAUAUUGUCAGUCAUGUUGACUUGAAGAGAGAUCCGGAUGGUUUGGUGGCCCUCGUGUUGGAUGCCGUGCUGGGGGAGGAUGGCUUUCCUACACAUUCGUGUCUUGUGUUUUGUCCGACGAAGUUGAGCUGUCAGAGUGUGGCAACAAUGAUUUCGUUCGUGUUGGGCAAUUCAUAUGCUCAAAUGCUGGAGUGGCGUUCUGCCGAGAAACGGCAACUUCUUGAGGCCAUCAACGAUGAUGUUGGAUCUCUCUGUUCCGUUUUAGCAAAGACAAUACCAUAUGGAGUGGCCUACCACAACAGCACAUUGACCAUGGAUGAGCGACAACACAUAGAAUCUGCAUACAUGUGUGGAGUUCUGUUUGUUCUCUGCUGCACAUCAACUCUUGCAGCAGGUGUUAACUUGCCAGCAAAAAGGGUUAUUGUACGUUCUCCGUAUGUUGGGCAGCAGUUGAUGACAAUCAGUCAUUACAAACAGAUGGUAGGGAGAGCUGGAAGGGCUGGUUUAGAUGACAGUGGAGAGAGCAUUUUGAUUGUGCAGCCAAAGGAACAAAUGCAGGUCAUUGAAAUGCUUCGAAGCUCAUUUAGCAACUGUUAUAGUUCACUAUUAUUGCAAGACAACAAACCUAUGAGGAGACUUGUCUUAAACAUUAUAGGGCUGAAAAUUGCCAGCAAUGAGGAGCAGUUGAUGUCAUUUAUGAACACGACACUUUUCAGCAUACAAACAAAACGUGAAGAUGUGGAGAGUUUUGUGAAAGAGGCAAUACGGAGUCUGUUGAAUGCAAAACUGCUUUGCUAUCGCCCUACUUGCAUGAGCUUACCAGUAUUACAUGGAUCACAAAAGUUGGAUGUUCCUGCUGAUGUUUGCGGUGGAGGAUUUAUCAAGAAAGAGGAUCCAUUGGCAGCUAGUGAUGAUUUGUUGUGUGAUCUUGAUGUAACAGCUGUGGGAAGAGCUACGUAUAAGGGUUGUAUUGAUGUUGACAUUGGACCAAUUGUCUAUCGUGACUUGCAGCGAGCACAAGAACACCUUGUUCUUGCUGGCGAUCUUCAUCUUGUUCAUCUUGUUACUCCAUAUGAUCUCACACUUUCAAUGAAACUCAACCAUUGGAUACUGCUUUUCACAAAAGUGUCGAAUUUCUCUUCGAGUGAGUCUCACGCCGCUGAUGUUAUUGGUUGUAAUGAAGGUUAUCUAUCACGAAGAGUUUCAGGAGAAGCAAGCUAUAAGAAUGAUGACGAAGAAAACCGAUAUGUUCGUUUCUUCUUGUCCUUCAUAUUGUAUCAACUAAUUCAAGGCAGUACCAUCUGGGAAACAUCAGAGAACUUUCAAGUGCAGCGAGGUUUUGUACAAAGUUUACUUCAAUCGGCUACUUCGUUUUCCAGCUGUUUAGUUCACUUUACCAAGGAGUUGCCUGAAUUCUGGAGUUUGAGUCUUCUCCUUGAAGUGAUUACGAAACGAAUUGCAAUGGCAAGCACUACAGAGCUGUUGCCAUUGAUGGAGCUGCCGUCUGUCAAACUGAGUCGUGCAAAGCAGCUUUACAAAGCCGGUUUCAAGACACUCCAGCUGGUUGCACGAGUCGAUGUGGAUACUCUGGUCAAAUGCGUGCGUCCACUGUCUCGUGAAGCUGCUAAGAAGAUAAUCGCAGCAGCAAAGACGCUGCUGAUAGAGAAAGCUCGAGAACUCCAAGAGGAAGCUGAGGAUUUGGCUGCGGGUGUAGAAUUGGCAUCAUAACACUUGCAACUUUCACCACCAAGAAACCAAUACCAUGGCAAGUCAUUCACACACCUGAACAUAUGUAUAUAAGAUGGCAACAUUUUCAGACAUCUUGAUGUUAGUGUCAUGCAUCUUAUCGAGCCGGAACGAAGAGUAUUUUUAGGGGCAUUUGUAGAUAUGCCGUCAUCAACCAUUGUUAUAUUAUGUUUGUGCAGUGGGCUUGGGUUAGCACGAAUGUAAUGUACAGGGCUGUUGCUUGAUUUCAAUAAAUUAUGAC